UGUUUGCUUUAUUUUUUGCACUCGGAUUUCUUUUUCAUUGUUUUUGCUGUGCAUCUUGAUUCAGCUCACAUCUAAUGUGUUGGAUUCGGUGUGUUCCGGUAUAAAAUCCAAAAGGAUCUUUCUUCCCUUUCCUCGUCUAUCAAUUCCUCUGUGCCUGCCUGAAUCCUCUCCUUGUUCCUCGUCCCUUCCUACUUUUCCAUAAUCCUGUCGAUUUCUCGAAAAGAGAAAUCUUAUACACCCAUCAGCUAUGAUUACUGAAAAGAAACCUCAUCGUCGCCUCUGUAGAAGACAGAACCACCUUCAGCUACCCAUCGGAGUCAGUCUCAGACAGCAGCAUCUUCAGAGAGCCAUGAAUACUACUCUUCGGCACGUGGAAGUGAGAGUGACAGCUAUAAAGAUGGAGAUGAAACGCGUGAAGAACUCCAACAAGAAAGAAAGAGUGGUGCUGAGAGAGAUGGAAGCGAUGCUGCCACAGCUUAUAGCAAAGAGAAUGCAAGCGGAGGAAGAGAGAAUGCACGCCCUGGAAGAGUGCGUGCGGACUCAAGCUUGCUGUGAUGCCAUGGAGGUUGUGUUGUUUGCGCCUUAGUCGAUCAGGUCCACCCCUCUCUCCGGUUGAGCAUUGAUUCCACUGGUAUGUAAAAAUUAUGGGUUUCUUAUAGUAUUUUUUCUUUUUCUUGAUUUUUGUGUAAAGAAGGGGUAAUUUAUUUGGCUUUCUUCUUUUUCUUUUCUUUUUGUUGUUAACGACCCUUCAUCAGGAAGGCAGGUUCUUUAAACCCGCACCAGCUUUGUCAAAUUCCGGACUAAAAAAACGCAAAUUUUGAUU